AUGGUGUAUAGUGAAGUAAUAAUCGCAUCUUGUGGAUGUUGCAACUAAUUUUAAAAAUGUCCGCUGUGAGACUUUUUCAAUUUUGUAUGUAAAGUUAAACACAAAAAAACAUUCAACUACAUGUCAAAUACGAAAUAACGAUUCGUUUGGUAUGUAUCUGCGAAAAGUAUUUCCGUUUUAUACAAUUAAUAAAGUUGAAUAUCGUUUCCGAGACUGUGAUUCUUUUGUUUCCGCAUGUUAUUAUUUCCAUUAUAACGCGUGUUCCAAGCUUUGAAGUUGUAAGUCGUUUAGUAACAAGAUCACAAAGAUUACCAAAAGAAAAGAAAAAGAAAUUCCCGAUUUGAUCUUUUAGUUCACGGAUAUAAAAAAAUAGCGAAAAUGAUAAAACCGGAUACGGUCGGAAAGAGAGGAAUUUCAGUUGAUGUCGGUCGAUAAAGCAUGCGGAAAUUCAGCUGGGAAGAAAGUGACAAUUCCAAGUAGAUUCCGAGUAGAUCGCGGACAUCGGGAAAAGUCGGGUUAGAGGUAGAGGGGGGAGGGGAGAGGAGAGAAAAAAGGGAACGAGAGAGAUGCCGAAGAUGUAGAUCGAGAGGACGCAGGCGCGUGUGCGAUCAAUAAAUAGGCUAACUCAGUCGAGGACAGGAGAUCAGUAGCAUACGAACACGCAAGCAGCGAGGGUGGUAGCGCGUGUAAUAUUGUGUCGGGUGAGGCGUACGAAAACAACAGAGCACCCCUCCCCGGCGGACGGUGUAAAACGGGCUGCCAGCGGUGAGGCUGCAGAGCAGGCCGCUCGUCCAGCAUGCAACCACCACCGAGAAAAGUAAGCCCGACAUCUUUCGUCUUGCAUCUUCGUUCGCAAAAUUUUCUUCUCUAUCAGCUCUCUGUACAGUUCUUCCUCCUGUUCUUCUUCUUCUUCUUCUCUUGCACUUCUUCUCCACACUGCAAUUGCAGCGCGUUCAACGUGUACCCCCUCGGAAACGAACGAAUGGACUUCCUUCCACCUUCAAGCAGGUUCAAACGAUUCAACAUGGAAUCGCGAGAAAUGAGGCUCUCGAGAGUGUUACCGUGUUAAGCAGGUGUUAAGCAGAAGUAAUGCACGAAAUUUGGCCGCGUAUCGAUCUUCGGCGAUAUCUUACGGGCGAAAAUUGACGUAAACCCGCGCUCGAACGUUGCCACGAUAGGAAAAAUCGAUGAGCACUUCGGUUCCUCGCCACGGAAUCUAUAUCAAAAGCUGACCUGAAAAAUGUAUGCAACGGGCCAAAGACCCGGGUAUUUAAUACCUGUCAGAUCGAAACGAACCUGUGCCUCCUACAGAUAACGACUUCCUCCUACCCUUUGCGAAUUCUCCCUUCCAGAGAUUUAUUUUCCUCGCGCAGAUAUAUCUGAAAUUUCCGCCUGUCUCCUUUAUUAUAUAACAAGUACACUAUGCUCUCGUCGAGAUCGAUCCCGAAAAUUUCGAAUGUAGGACGAUUUUUCAGAAGGCCGUGUUCCCCCCCCCCCUCUAUGCCCCCUCCACGCCGCGAGAAGCUUUUGUCAAAUCAAAAAUUAAGAAAGAGGAAGGAUCUUUGAUUUUCCUUAUGAGAUUUCUAAUCUCGCGAAUAGUGUCAUAUGUUGUUCGAGGAAUCGAUGGGUUACGGCGAAGUACGUGUUUUUGUUAUAGUGAUUUGAUCUUCCCACGCCCUCAGACGUGGCCAAUACAUUGUUCACAGGAUAAUAAACCCUGCGAGGCAAAUAUUCUAUUCAAAUAUAAGCGCAGUUCCACGAAAUAUUUUCCCACCGAUUAAUUCCACGAGCGACAACUGAGCGAAGGUAGUUUCAGAAAAUUCGUCGAAAAAUUUCGAUCAACUUUGUCUCAAAUAAUACGACAACAGGAUUCCCCGGCCCAUUUAUCAAGAUAGCGAACCUCGCUUCAACGACAAUGAAGUCUCGCAGUUAAAGAUCGGGAGAUUCCUGACCCACUUCCAUCUACCGGAUGUCAGUCGAGUGAUAAGAGUCCAGGGUGAAGUCCGCGUAUUUUACAACGCGAGAGAGCGUUUCGAAAACAUAUUUCCUUUCGGCGGAAUUUGACCCAGCUCUCGGCUUGGUACGCUCCUCUGUUUGCUCGUCAGUGACUGGAAAUUUCCCGUCGCCUCUUCCGGACAAUUUCAUGUUUACCCACUUCCUUACACUCAAGAAAAUUUCCCUCUCGCAAGAACGGGCUCGAAGACGCAAGCCUUCCGUUUGAAAAUUUCAACGACGCUAAUUAUUUACAAGGCUGGAAGCAGCGUAAUUCCACAGAGAUAUCUCUUCUUCGUUUCAAAUAAUGUUCAUCGAGCCACUUCGAUCGAUAAGGUGUUCUUCAAAAACAAUGACUUACGAGUCACGAUCGCGAGUUCCUUUUCGACCUGCCCUUUUCGUCCACUAUUGUUUAGAUUCUAUUUUCCUUUCCGCUAGAUUAUCAUCUAUACUUUGUCGAGUACGCCUAGCACGAGUUAAAAGUCUGACCUUUACCUACGUCUCUUUACGGGCCGUAGAUAAAAAAACUCUGUAGAUAAAAAACUGUUCUUGGAAAAGCCGGUAAUUACUCGUACCACGAGAGGUGGUGAAGUAACAGAUUUAUUGAAAAUCUCAUAGUUUAUACUGGGCUACAAACGAAGCUUUUUUUUUUUUGUCGUUAUUUGACAUUAGUCCAUUAGCGUGUUUGUCGAAACUUGAAAAUUUGCAUUGUUCUCGAAAAUGAUAAAACAGCUUUCCCCACUUAACGAUCCAUUGAAUAAUGCAUGAUAUUACUAGCGCAUACACACACGACAUACGUGUAAUUAUAUAUAUAUAUGUGCCUUUAGGCCAUGAGCACAUCUGCGCGAUGCACGUAAAAAUCCUUAAAAAUAUUGGAAAUCGAUAAGGGAAUAGUAAGUGAAAUUUCAAUAACUAGACACAACGUAUCGUCCCCCUGCAUAUUGAACGACUGUUCAUUAGAGUUCACGAGGUCAAUGUGAGUCCUAAUGCAUAAAGGGAAUAUCGAUGCACCACCUUGCGCUACAAAAUUGAACUUGAUUCCCCAACAAUGUUAUCGCUGAUUAAAGCAUUACCCUCGCACACUUUCCUAUACGUCAAUUAAUACCUCGGCAAUGUAUAAGGGAAAAGAAAAGAGGGAUAAAACUUUUUAUCUUACCUUUUUCUUCCCUUUCCUUUUCUUCUUUUUUUCUCUCUUUGUGCUCGACAAGAUUAUAAAGUGGUAAACCAAAAUUUGAGAUAUCUUUAUUGAAUACUUAAACACUCGAGUGGCAAUUUACGUCCAAUAGAACUUUAUGUACGAGUAGUUGUGUCAAUACUUAUUUUCAUGUUCAAAAACAUACGGACGAUCGAAUUGUAUAUUUCUCUUCAAGUGUUUAUUCGCUAUUCUAGAUAUAGAAUAUAGACUAGAUUAGUGGAAGUAUAGUAUUCAUUACUAGUAUAGUGUAGUGUUCUACUACUAUAGUAUUCGUUAACGUUAUCGUUGCCAAGUUAACUCUACUGUACGGAUAUUUUGGCGACGAGCCAAAGGAUACGCCUCCGUUUGUCACAAAAUCGAAACAUCACUCCAGAGAUACAUGUGCGUAACGUUAAUAAAAACUAACGACAGUGAUAAAAACAUUUACAGGGAAAUUUCACAAAGUUUCUUAAGAAUGUACACGCAGAGCAGGCGGCAAAGUUACAAGCGAAAAACCAGCAUGAGUGCGACCUUCUGGAAGAUAUACGGUAAGUCUUAAACUUAUGUAAAAAGAGGAUUAGAUAAAAGCUGUUUAGAUAACCUAAAACUUAAAUUAUUUUACAUUACCGAUCCGUCGAAAUUCUUCGACGUGACAAACUUCUACCUUCGACGAACUUUGCAUUAUUUCACAAAUGAGUUGACAUUUGCUACGUACAUACUUGUACUGAAAAAUGUCCUACAGCAUGUGUAAGCUUAUUACAUUCAAUACAAAGUUCACGUAUAUACUUGUUUUACUUGAAAAUACUAUCUGUGCAGAAUAACGUGUAAAAUAAUUGUUUGACACGUCGAGAAUUAUUUAUAUAUAUAUUUUUAAAACAUAAACGUUUCAAAUAUAUUUUCCAGCAACUUUACGAUAAAAAAAUCUGCGAUUGAAAAGUCAUAUUCGGAGGUAAGAGAUUAUAUCUGUGAUAUUUACAUCAUCAAGUUUGCAUUAUUACCGACCGAAUGUUCAUUCUAGGCACUGCUUAAAAUAUCCUCCGCGUAUUUGAAUAAAAAGAUACCAAACAUUCCGGACUUGAAAGUCGAUGGUGCAGAGGAAAAAUGGUAUUAACAAAUUAUUGAAAUAUACAAUGUUAUUUUAUUUUUAAGACUCGAGGCGUCCGAAUUAAAUUCGAAUAAUUGUUAAUUUCAGGAACAUGUGGAACGUUUGGCGGACUGUCUUGGAAGAAAACGAAAAAUUGGCCAGAGCGCGGCUAGCCGCGGUAGAAGUUUUUCAGCAGCAAAUCGCCGACGAUGCAAAAAGCUUAAAGAUGCACAAACUACAAAUCUCUAAGAAGGCAAUCGACCAAUUAAUGAUAGUACAAAAAGAGCUGCAAAUGUGCGUGCAAGAUGUAGACAAAACAAAGAAAUUGUACUUCGACGAAGAGCACAGUGCACACGAUGUACGCGACAAAGCGAAGGAUAUCGAAGAAAAGUAAGCUCGAAACGCGACGCUUUGGAAGAGAAGUCAACAGGAGCUCGAAAUGAUUAUUUGCUUAGUCUCGCCGCUGCCAAUGCACAUCAGAAUAGGUAUUUUGUAGUCGACUUACAAAACACUAUGCAAUAUUUAGAACAAGGUGUUUACGAUAAAGUUGCAGAAUAUUUGACGCUAAUGGGUCGCACAGAACUCUUGACCUGCUUAGCUACGCAAAAUAGUUUCGGCAAAAUUCGUGACCAAGCGCAACAACUCACCAGAGAGUACAAUAUACAGUGUUGCUGUUUGUAUUACCCUGUCUUGAAGCAACAUAUACAAUACGAUUUCGAACCUUGUGACAGCGAUCCGGUAGAAAGGAUAACAGCUGAUCAUUCUGCUGCAGCUACGCUCGGAAAGGAAGCUCGUCGCUGGUCGACGAGAAUAGCUCGCGAAAUAAGCAGCAUUCGGGAGAAUAGUAGAAAAGUACAAGUUCUUCUGCAACUAAAAGAGUCUGGACAAAAGUGAAUGUUGACGAAUGGCUACAGGAGGCGGAAACAUUAAGUGUUCAAGAUAUGCCACGUUCGGCUAGCUCUCUUUCUGUCAGAACAGAUGCAUCGGGGACGGCGGAACAUCCGUCCUCGGAUUCGUUCUACGACAGCGAUGGAGAUGGUGGCAGCGACCUGACGACCGUCGAACGACCGGGCAGCGCACGAAACGUUCCUCAACAAGAAGAAGAAACAACUAAGGAAAGACAAAGACACGAUAGCGAAGAAGUUGAUGCUUUGCUCGAGCAAGAGAAACAACGAAUAGAACAACUUACAGUUGGUUGGGACGAUCCGACAGCUGUCGACUGGGAUAACGAAGAAAAAGAAGAACAGACUGAGAUUCAUGAAACAUCUGAAAUGUCCUCUACCCAGCCAAUAUACAAGUGUACCGCGCUCUAUUCAUACACGGCGCAAAAUCCCGACGAGUUAUCAAUCGUCGAAAGCGAGCAACUAGAAGUUGUUGGUGAAGGCGACGGCGAUGGGUGGCUGCGAGCGCGAAAUUAUCGUGGCGAAGAAGGCUUCGUUCCUCAGAAUUAUCUUGAUGUUGAAAGGGAGACAACAUCCAGUCUCACUUCCCAAGGACCAGGUCUAGUACAACAAAUAUCCUUCUCCUCAGUAGAUUACACAAUCGACGACCACGACGCAGUAGAUCCAGAUGCUAAUUUACAAGCUGCAGCAUCAGAAACUAUUGUACAAAAUCAUAUUGGAGAAAUGGAGCAAUAUUGUAUUGCCCUUUACGACUAUGAUGCUACAUGCGACGAAGAACUUAGUUUCCUUGAAGGCGAUAUCUUAAAAGUCGUAAAAAAAGAACCACACGACGUCGAUGACGGAUGGUGGGAAGGAGAAUUACGUGGACAACGAGGAUUAUUCCCAUCCUUAAUCGUAGAACCUUGCGCUGCAGACGGUUCACCUUUGACUCCACAGGAUGAUGUAACGCCACCAAGCUCUGCACCCCCAGUGUUUACACCACCUGAAAUUCCAGAAUUUUUAUUAGAAAACGAAAUAACGGAAAAUAUGAUGAAAGAAUCACAAGAUGAAAAAUCCAGUAAUGCAAACAUCGAACAACAGCAUCGACAAGAGGGUUUCAUAAUAAAUCUUUCAAAGGACCAAAAAAGUCAAUACGGCUCGCAGUUUGGAGCCGAUAAUUCCGAAGAGCCUGGUAUAGUAGGUAGAUGAUGAAAAAGCAAAGUAUCUGAACAGUGAUCAAUCUAAAGAUGAUUUCGGACUUGGGGUUGCGCAAAUUGUAAUUACCGCAGCGACGCCAAUGGAAGAAAUUGAACAUCCAUUCCCUGAGUUGGAAGAAACCGCUGAUGAUACAGUGAAAUCGACAGGAAGUUCCGAUGGUGAUUUACCUUCAAGCACGACUACCGAUGUGAACGAAAGUGACUGCAAAGAAGCUACUGUAAUAAUGGAUGAAAGAGAAGAGCAAGAAAUUACAGAAGCACCCGAGGAUAUUGAAGAAAAAUCAACGGUUGAUGAUUUACCGACAGAUUCAGCACCAUUCCCAGUUAGUAGCAGCUCUGGAAGUGAAGCGGACUCAACGUCCGGGCCAAGUACAGCAGAUAAUUCUCAGUCUAUACCAUCCCGUGGUACCGUGAUUGAAAUACAAGAAACAGAAGAAGAUAUUGAGAUUGUACCGGAAAAAAUGGUAGUAGGAGGAAGGGCAAGUAUUCCAGAUGAAUUACAACCCGAUCAGCUAGAGAAGCUGCAAAAUCUGAAAGAAUCAAAUGCCUAGGAUUGACUAGACCUCGGAGAUGCUGAUUAUCCUGCCUUAUCAAAUAAACUGGCUCUUCCGAAAAAUCAUCAAAAUAAAUUCCAGCAUUUACUGGAAUUUUGGAAAUCUCCAGAGGUUAUUGGAAAGAAAGACUAAUGAAUAACGGGACAACUAAACGAUUUUUA